CUCUGGAACCUCCGUCUCAUUCGUCAAAGCGGAAAGCAGAAGCGAAGCACAAGUUUUCUUCCGAUCGAGUUGUUAGCGAAACCAGCUUGAAGAAAGCAUCUGAAGAUGUCUGGUCGUGGGAAGGGCGGUAAGGGUUUGGGCAAAGGAGGAGCGAAGCGUCAUAGGAAGGUAUUACGAGAUAACAUUCAGGGUAUCACUAAGCCUGCUAUUCGCCGUCUUGCGAGGAGAGGAGGAGUUAAGAGAAUCAGUGGUCUCAUCUAUGAAGAGACAAGAGGUGUUCUCAAGAUCUUUCUGGAGAAUGUCAUUCGCGAUGCUGUGACCUAUACAGAGCACGCAAGGAGGAAGACAGUGACGGCCAUGGAUGUCGUCUAUGCCCUGAAGAGACAAGGAAGGACUCUUUAUGGAUUCGGCGGUUAAGGCAUUUCCUUUAGGGUUUCGCCUUUGUGCUCUUUUUCCUGAAAUCAUUGCUGAUUGUAGAUUUUGUCUGUACUUGUUCUUGAAUUUCAAUAUAGUUAGUUCUGUUU